AACCGAAACCGAAGCAAAGGCAAAGAGCCAGAGGCGCAACUCAGACGCCGCCCGCUGUCAACUGUUCGAAAAUUUGCUGCUCGAAAUCGUCUCAAGAAAAUUAGCUUAAAAUUAAAUGUUGCCUGCGCAUGCGCUGCGCUCAAAGUGCUAUACAAAACUAAAAUAAAACAGCUGCCGCAACAACAUUUUUGAGAAUAAAACUAUUUUCAAGAAGACCGACAAACAAAAUAUAACUGUAACAAGCAAAAGAGAAGAGAUAAAAACAGCAAACGUAAAACUACUGUUAUGUACAUUUAAUUGGUGUAAUACAACGCGUGCGUGUCUCUCUCCCUCUCUCUCUGUGCGUGUUCGUGUGCGUGUGUGUGUGUGUGCAUGUAAGUGUGACAGUGACAUCCAGAGAAAACAAAAAAUCCUUCACAGAAAAAACGCGCGUGAUUUUUGUUGUUGUCGCGCAUUCUGUUUUGGAAACUGUGUGAAAUAACUGUAAAAUAAUUAAACUGUGCUAAUUACAGAGCUAGCUGUAAACAAUUCACGUUUUUAAACAUCCUUAAGUUCCAGCUCAAACGUGCGACAUGUCGAACACGGAGCGACGCGGCCUGCAAAGAGUACGAAAUCUGCUAUCAUGUCGCCAAGUCCUGAAUCUGCUGACAAUGCUCGGCUUUAUGCUGAACUAUGCCCUGCGAGUGAACCUGACGAUUGCCAUCGUGGACAUGGUUAUGCCAAAUAUCACAGCAAACAUGGCGGCGGGGAAUGAGAGUCUGGCGGGGAAUAGCACCUCGAGCCUGGCACCCGCCGGCGGCAUCCUGACCAACGGCACAGACGGUGUCGAUGUGUACGAGGAGCGCUUCCCCUGGGACACAUACCAGACGAACUUUGUGUUGGGCUGUUUCUUCUGGGGCUAUGUGCUCACCGAACUGCCCGGCGGUCGACUCGCCGAACUGAUUGGCGGUCGUCGCGUCUUUGGACAUUCCAUGUUGUGGGCCAGUCUCUUGACCCUGAUCACGCCCCUCGCUGCGCACCUGAGCUACAUCAUGCUGAUUGUCGUGCGUGUGGCACUCGGCUUCAUGCUGGGCGCCUCCUGGCCGGCCAUACAUCCCGUUGCCGCUGUCUGGAUACCGCCCAUGGAUCGCUCCAAGUUCAUGUCCAACAUGAUGGCCUCUUCGCUGGGCGCUGCCAUAACGAUGCCCGUUUCCGGCUACCUGAUCUCGGUCUGCGGCUGGGCCAGUGUCUUCUAUUUGACGGGCGCCAUUGGGCUGCUCUGGUCGCUGUGCUGGUUCACGUUUGUCUAUGAGACGCCCGCGACGCAUCCGAGAAUCUCGGCCGAGGAGCGACGCGAGAUCGAGGAGGCCAUCGGCACAUCCACCUCAAAGAAGCGACCCAGCUACGUGCCCUGGGGCCAGUUGCUCUGCUCGCCGGCCGUUUGGGCUAUAAUCAUAACGCACGGACUGUCCGUGUUUGGUUUCUUCACGGUCAUCAAUCAGCUGCCCACGUUCAUGUCCAAGAUACUGCACUUUGACAUCAAGAAGAACGGCCUGUUCUCGUCGCUGCCCUAUCUGGGCAAAUAUGUGAUGGCCGUGGCCUCCUCCUAUCUGGCGGAUCAUCUGCGCCAGAAGGGCACAUUGAGCACCACGGCAACGCGCAAGCUGUUUACCACAUUCGCGCUCGUAACGCCCGGCCUGCUGAUGGUGGCUCAGGUGUUCCUCGGCAUGGAUGCCACCUGGUCGGUGGCGAUCUUUACGCUGGCCCUGUUCGCCCAUGGCGCCGUUACCGCCGGCUAUUUGGGCAAUGGCCUGGACAUAGCGCCCAAUUUCAGCGGCACCAUUUUCGGCAUGGCCAACUCGUUGUCCUCCUUUGGCGGCUUUCUGUCCACGUGGAUGGUCGGCGCGCUGACCUUCAAGAAUCCCUCGUUCCAUCAGUGGCAAAUUGUGUUCUGGAUUUUGGCGGGCACCUACAUCUCGGCCGCCGUCGUCUUUGUUAUCCUGGGCACCGGCGAGCUGCAGUCCUGGAACAAUCCGCCGGAGCGCAAGAAGAUCGGCGAUGUGGCCCAGGAGGAGGGCAUGCCGCUCAAGAACGAGAAGUAAUCAAAGCCAGCUUGAUUGCAAAUUGACAAAGGCAAAAGGAAAACUGAAAAGAAAACCCCACCACACAUCCGCACAAGUUAUGGUAGUUUCUACUGCACAAUUGAGAUUAAAAUUAAAAAAAAAAACAUAUUUUUUAACUGGAAAAUUGUUUGCAAACAGAAGAAAAACA